AUGUUUACACGAAGCUGGUCUUCCACGAUGCUGUGGAUUGUUUUUCUAUUAGGAGCUAUGGCCUCUCCUACUCCAGAUCUCUACAUGCCACUCUCUAUCACCAUAUGGGAUGAAGCCGGAUGUACAGGAAAUAAGAUGACGACGACUUUUGACCCAUUUAUAGCACCUUAUGGCCAGGACACACAUACAACCCUGGUGGGUGCGAGCAUGAAACUAUCACGACCAUUGUCCAACCAGGAGCAGCUGGACAUUUCGACUACUGAUAGUGUUGCUAACUGGGAAGAUGAACCCUCUUACCGCCAGACUUCGUGUUAUAUCUUUCGGACCAGUUUCUUUGCAUCGGAUACGGUGACGGAGUGUGUUGAUACAGUAUGGUUUGUGUGUCUGCGACUCUGGCGCAAUACUGGUCUAGAAUAG